AAUUCAUUCCCCCCCACCAGCUGCUCCACCUCUGUAAUUCACUCGUCUUCUUCAACCUCCCUCCAAAAACAACUUAACACCAGCCAAACCCACCAUGGCAAUGCCAUGAGCUUACGCUCUCGCUUCUAGUCACUCUCUUUCACCCGUUUAACCAUACAAUUCGUUCGUUCGUUCUUCUUCUCCACCUUUCGCCGAUCCCCGAUGGGGAAAUUGGAGGGCCACAAGACCGCGGCCGACGAAGCCGCCAAGUCCCGGCUGGUGUCGGACAUUUGCUCUGCCUCCGACCGUGCGGCCGCGUGCUCCCAUGCGGUGCGCCGCGGGCCGGCCCGCGUCGACUGGUACCGCCUUCUCGGAGUGGAAGAAAAUGCAGAGCUGGAUGCCAUUCGGAAACAGUACCAUAAGCUAGCAUUGCAGCUUCAUCCAGAUAAGAACCAUCAUCCAAAAGCUGAGCAUGCGUUCAAGCUCGUCUCAGAGGCAUAUUCAUGUCUAUCUGAUGAUGCAAAGAGAAACGCCUUCAACCUGGAGAGAUGGAGGAACCUGUGCUACGACUGUCAGAGAAUCCGACACACGAGCUCAGCUUCUUCGAAGCUCACAGAUGGAUCAAAAGCCCAGAGAACUUUCACCGGAUUCAGGGACAUCAGGGAGAGGUUCAAAGAGGAAGCCAGGGUGAUAGAGAGCUGCUUGAGAGCCGCCGCAGCACUGAAGCAAGAGACCAUCCACAUUUCGUCGAACACCACGUGCGCAAGCAAGACCCAUCUCGGCAACGCCCGCAGAGAGAGCCCAGUCUUUGACCCAUCGCUCUACAAGGCUGAUGGGUAUCCUCAUCUGAGGACCAGAACGCACAAGAUGCCCGGCAACUUUCGGUGCUCUAGUCAGCGAGAGAGAAACAAGAGCGCGGAGCUCGGUUCUCCAAUCUUCAUGGGCAAGAAAACGUCAGCAGGGGAAGGGAUGCGUAGCAGAUCAGUUUGUCUCCGUUCUUAACAUCCAGAGGAAUUGCUUCAGUCUUCUACUUCAAUUUUCCAAAGGGUAUUUGUCAGAUCAAACUUAGAUUAAACGCGCUAAUACAAGAAAUUGUUGAUGGAUUUCUGCAUCAGUGAGCCGG